UCUCAGUGGCUGCAGCCCUUUUUAAACUCCUUUCGGCUCGCCGUCUGCAGCAGACAUGUGAAGAUGCUCCGAGUAGAAAGCUCAUAAUAAAACCCUCUCAGCGCCUCCAGGGCCCGGGAUUACUGGCAUGUUUUUAAAGGAUGGAAACGGAUGAAGUGUCGGUUAGAGAGCAACUUUUCCACAACCGCGUCCGCGAGACGAUAAUAUGCGUCCUCCUGUUUACAUGCCUUUACAUGGUGUGCUACCUCAUCCUCACACACUUCAAAAAGACUGCCGACUUCAUCACAGAUGACAUUGAAGAUGCUACUGUCAAUAAAAUUUCGCUCUGGUUGUGCACAUUCACCUUGUCUGUCGCAGUGUGCGCUGUGCUGCUUCUCCCCAUCUCCAUCCUGUCAAAUGAGGUUCUGCUCACCUUCCCGCACAGCUACUACAUGCAGUGGCUCAAUGGAUCCCUUAUCCACGGAUUGUGGAACCUGGUGUUUUUGUUCUCCAACCUGUCCCUUGUCUUCCUCAUGCCUUUUGCAUAUUUCUUCACCGAAUCAGAGGGAUUUGCUGGAUCCAAAAAGGGAGUGAUGGCACGAGUGUAUGAAGCUGUUGUCCUGCUUAUCCUGCUUGCUCUCCUUGUGCUUGGUAUUGUGUGGGUGGCAUCAGCCCUCCUACAUGACAACAUUGCCCGAAAGAGCCUCUACGACCUGUGGGAAUAUUACCUGCCAUAUCUGUACUCUGGGAUUUCUCUGUUUGGAGUGCUGCUGCUUUUGCUGUGUACCCCGUUUGGAUUGUCUCGAAUGUUCAGUGUUACCGGCAGCCUGCUUGUCAAACCGCGGCUGCUGGAGGACGUAGAAGAUACUUUGAGCUGCACUGUGUUUGAAGAAGAUUCACUCCACAGAAAGCUGAACUGUGGCAGUCCAUCGUGUUGGGUCAAGCUGAACAUGGAGGCCAUGAAGAAAGAGUACCAAACAGUUCAAAGCAGGCGUGUUGCUCUGGAGAUGCGGAGAAUGGCGUCGCCAUGGCAGCGCAACUUGGGCUAUCCUUUGGCAAUGCUUAUGCUUCUUGCUCUGACGGUGAUGUGUGUGCUGAUGGUCUGCUUUAACGUGUUGGAGCUGCUGCUGGAUGAGACGGCCAUGCCCCGAGGAAUGGAGGACCCUCACCUGGGAAUGGCCUCCUUCUCCAUGUUUGGCUCACUGGGUGCUGCAGUUCAAGUAGUCCUCAUCCUCUACCUAAUGGUGUCCUCAGUAGUGGGCUUUUACAGUUCUCCCCUCUUCUGUGGACUCUUGCCUCGUGUAAAAGACACUAACCUCACACAGAUCAUUGCAAACUGUGUUUCGCUGCUUAUACUGAGCUCUGCACUGCCUGUGUUUUCACGCACACUUGGGAUCACACGCUUUGAUUUGCUGGGAGACUUUGGGCGGUAUAACUGGCUUGGGAACUUCUAUGUUGUGUUCCUGUACAACAUGCUGUUUGCAGGUCUCACCUCAGCCUCCCUUACAAAGACUGUCACCUGGGCGGUACAGAGAGAGCUCAUCCGUGCCUUUGGACUUGACAGGUUGCCUUUAACUGUGUCACGGUCUACCAUUCCAUUAAAGCUCCUCCUGGUCAGUGGGCUGUCUAAAAUCCAGUGACCUUUUUCACACCUUAGCACUGGCUAUUCUACCCCUUAGAGGGUGAAGACAGUGGGGCCUUUCGGCAUUACAAUGAUAGAAGAGCACAAGACUGUCUGCUGUGGAUGGAGCAGAAAUGCAGCAUAUUGGUGCGUUUCAUGAACGUAUCCAUAACUGCUGCCAUAUGAAUGCAAGUUAAGGUCAUCGUGGACAAAACUGCACAGGGUCGAACAAAAUGAUGGAAGCCAUAUUUAGUCCUGCUCUUCUAAACAAUAAAACUCACCAGUAUUAUUGUGAAACUUAUCAUCUUAAUGCUGUGUUGUUAAUCCAUCUUCCUCCAUCAGUGUUGCUUAGUACUCAAGUGAAUUCCUUGCAAGUUGCACAACUGUUCUAAGAUUGACUGUCUACUGCUUCCAUGUGUUUAUGGGGCCAGUUUUAACAGGGUUUUACUGUAAAUAAGUGUACGUUUCUUUGUUGGAGGAAAAUAUGCAGUUUGUUGCAUGUCGACCUAGUGGUUACAUGGGGAAUUUGUAGUUAUUGCCACUUUUCCAGGCAAAUAGGAGCAUUUCAUGAGAAAUUUAAAAAGUCUGUAAGAAUACUGAGUCUGACAAGGAUUGUACCUUUUUGGGAGAGGGAAAAAAAAGUCUUAACCUUUAUGCCUUUAAUGUAAACCAUUCAUGUGAGGAACUGCUGCCUUGACCAAUCAUACUGUGAAUCAUUAAGAAUCUCCAUGGGAUUGUGCAAUAUUUUAUACAUCAAAUCAGACUUUGAAACUUUGCCAAAAGUCAGUAACGAAAACCUGCUUUACAUUUUAACCUUGUUUUUUUUUUUAUCCACUUUUUUUAAUGAUGAAAAAAAUGUAUGUGUCUCUCAGGGCUUUCAGUGGUUUCUUAAAUGGUGUAAAGUCCCAUAAUCUGAAGAAUUCUGUUGUCAUCCACUAUGUGGCCAUAAUCUUGUGACUUCUUUUUAUUUCUAAAUCAGUCGUUUUUUUUGCUGUUGGUUUGACCAGCAGGUGGCAGUGCAUUUCAGACACUAUAACAAACUUUUUAUAUAUAUGUAUGUACAGAAGACUAUCAUCUACUGGUUGAUUGUAAUCUCAGUUUUAUGCACAUAAACCACUAAGUUUACCCACUGAUGUUGUUCAGGGAAUGUUCAUUCUUGCUUUUGAAACAGGAAGUGUGUAAUGUUUUCUACUUAUGGGUAUUUUUGUCCUACAGUGUGUUUUGUUUAUUACUCCAUGAAUGUGGCGUCAGUCGAUAUUUAAAGUGGUACUGCAAGUAAAAGAAAGUUUGUUUAUUUUAUAAAAAUUCUCUGUCAUGUGUUCUAAACUUUUUGAAGUGUCAUGUUUUACAUUGUUUUGUGCAUAAAGCAAUAAA